AUGGUAAUGAAAGCGGGCUCGCAUGCCGGCUGCUGCUGCUGCAACUUCCCCGAUUCAGCUGCCGCUGCUGUGCUCAUGCAGUGUUCCCACAUGCGUGAGCAAGGGGGAUGGCUGCCUGAGGAUCGUUGGAGGAUGAUGGGCGGUGCACACAUGAUGGGUUGUGAGGAGCAGCUGUGGACACACACGUACAUGGUCAUGGUGGGCACAUCCAAUCACAGCGACGCAGCUAUGCGCAGCUCCGCUGUCAUCAUCACCAUCAUCAUCAUCGCCCGCACAGCCGUCAUCACACUCCGGCCGACACCAGCCCCAAUCUGGCGUGAGGCAGACAUUGCACAUGUCAGUCGCUCUGAUGAAGAGGUGAGCAAUGUCGUUGAGGAGGCACAUGAAGCGGUGGAACCAACGACGAUGACGAGUGAUGGAGCAACACCAACAGCAACAGCUGAUGGCUGGCUGCAUUUGGAUGAACUGGCCCUCUGUAUCUCGCCCAUCUCCUCGUCGUCGUCAUCCUCGUCAUUGGUCCCCAACAGCAGCGGCUGCUGCCGUGGAUGUGGAGGGUGUGAUGUGCGUCGAUGCGCCGUUGCCUCGCGUGACGACGCUGCUGCUGGUGGACGGUGGCCGUUCUCUUCCCAAGCCCCCCCCCCCAUGACACGAGCAGGGCGAUACAUGCACACACAAAUGUGCGAGAAAAGAAGGCGCAAGGCGGACGUGUGCGGGUUUCCCCAACCGAUUAUCCUUCCCCUUUUCCCAACGAAUCACCUUUGCUCU